AUGCCGUGUGGGCAUCUUCUAUGCUAUGUUUGUGCUACACAUCAUCAGAAUACACAGCAUCUAGGCAGAAACAGAAGUCUAAAUCUGGAUGAUGCAAGGUAUGAAUAUCCAUUGACCAACCACAUCACAUGUAUUCUUUGCAGACAAAAGACUAAGUCAUAUGAGUAUACCACGAUACUUGAGGACGACUAUGAUUUGGCUGUGGAGAGUGGCCAGAAGUAUACUCUGUGGAAUGCACUGUUCAGAUAUGUUGGGCAUAUUCCUUUAAACAUAAUAGAUAAAGAUAGCACUCUUGUAAUGUCUAAUGUAUACAAAAAGGAUGCCUUGGAUAGAAAGCUUGUAUACAUAGAUGGAAGGCAGUUCUCAAAAGGCUGUGAGCGUACAAAUCUAUUCACAGAGCGCUGGGAGGAUAUAAUGGAAUUAGAGAAGAAAAAGAACCCCGAGAAUAUAUCUUCAAAUCCAGGAAGUAGUAGUAACAACUUAAGAAUAGUAGAUUAUAAUGAAGCAAAUGCGACAAUAGAUGAUAAUGGUAGAAUAUUAGCAAUAAGAGAUAGCACUGGGCCUGACACAACAAUAACAAAUGUUGUUGGUAAUCCGCUGGUGCAGGACUAUGAUUAUAAAAAAGAAAAAUGCAAUUGCAUAAAGCAGCUAACAGCAAAUUGUGAAUGCAACAGUUCUUUGUUCCAGUAUUACGACAGUAUAAUUUAUAAUACAACUCCCGUGUAUGAGUUCUACUUGUAUAACAGAAUGCAAGUGGGAGUGGCACGAGAGGGUGAGUUAUACUAUCCUUGGAAAAUAUCCACUGAGAAUAGUCAAGCCCGUAUGGCAAAACUACUAGCGCUGUUUGAUAGUUCGCUGGAAGAAAGGCAAGAAGUUCCUCUACGCAUCAAUAAUGAUUUAAAUGUAUCAGAUAGGUUUAUUCAGGAAAUACUCUCAGAAGAGGCCAACCAUAGAGAGACUACACAAUUCCUUAUAGAAAUACCAACAUACAGUAAUAUUCCACCAGUAGUUAUUAAACCAGCUAAAAUGAGCAAAAUCCAAAACUUGAAUUGCAGUGCCGACACAUCCGAUCAUUAUAUAACCCCGCCAGUGGUAGACACAGAAAGAAAAGAAAUAAUGGUUCCCGGCGUGAUAAUGCACAUAGCAAGAAAAAAUUAUCAUAUAAAUCCAAGAAACACAUCCGAAAACAACUUAGAUGAUGAAGAAUAUACGUAUAAUGAUAUAAGCAGUUUUUGUGACUCUGAUUACAAAGAAGAAAAAGAAGCAGAGGAGGCCGCCUACCGAGAAAAACAGAAUGAAGUAUAUAGCGAACUGUUGAUAGAAGAUCCUAGCACAGAUGAGUUAAUAGGCCCAGAUAAAGAGAUAGAACUGUACACAAAACUACUAGAAUCUAAGCAAAGCAAAAUAAUUGCAGAUGAACUAAAUAGUUACAGCUCCUUAGGAGUAUUAGAGAAUUCUAAGCUUUAUAGUGAGUAUUUGGAGACUUUAAAAAAAAUAGACAAAAUUAAAGCAAUAGAGUCACCUUCUAUGCACGAUGAAGUGAAGACUCUUAUAAAUAGCAUUUUAAUAAUAGCGGUAGAUCUACUAACAAAGGGUAGAAGGAUAAACUAUCUGGUGGAUGAUCCAACUAUCUUUGAUGUGAAUCAUGCUAUAUAUAUAUCUAAUUCUGAUAACUCAGAAAAGGAUCCGAAUACAGUAUACAUGCAUAAUGUGACAAUGUUGAAUAUUAUGCUUAAAUCUAUAAAAAGAAAGAAUUUAGAAAUUUUAUACCAACCAAUACUAGAAAUAUCUUACAUAGAGCUAGAUUCAGAAAUAGAAAGCGCACUUAUAAAAGAGGGUUUGGAAUUAAAAGAAUACAGAAAAGAAUAUAAAAAAGAAUAUAAAGAAUAUAUUAACAAACAGAAAAAUCAUGAACUAUAUACAGAAAUACUGCCGGCGCUUAAAAAUGAUAUUCUAAAGAGCAUGAAAACUUCAGAAAAUUCAGAAAAUUCAAUAGGCCUUUUCCAGGUAGAAAAUAUUUUUCAAUAUAGCGAUGAUGAAAGCAUAAAGAAUAACACUAAUUUAGUGGAUAACUAUAUUUGUCGUAUAGAGAAGCGUGUAGAGUCUCAAGAAGAUACUAACGUUUUUUCUAUAAAGAAUGAAUAUACCAAGAAGAUAAGCAAUGCGUUAUCUAGAUUUUAUAAUUCUAAUAGAGUGCGUGUUUGUAAUAAAAACGAAGCAUGCGUAUUUUAUGGAGCUAGUUCGGAUUGGAUUCUGUCUUUGUUUGAUAAUCUAUUCUUUUAUGCAUAUGAUGACCAAACCGCAGAAAUCUCUCAGGCAUCUAUAUCAAAUCCAGAAUUUAAUAUAAUAAUGCAGGCACUGGCAUCCACAUCAAAUCCAGAAGUUAAUACAAUAAUGCAGGCACUGGCAUCUACAUCAGAUUCAGAAAAUAGAUCUGAUUUUAUAAAAAGAAAUCAGUCAUAUCUAUUUAGCUUUUUUAAUAAAUUGAUGAAUGAAAAGGAAAAAAAGAAAGAAACCUUAUUAGAGGAAACAGAAACUGAACUUAAAAGAAUGAACAUAAAUGUGCAGCCUUUAAAUCCAGAUAUCGUCUUAGUAACUGAGUACAUAAAAAAAUGGAGAACAAAAUUUAAUAAGCAUAAUAUGUAUACAAGAAUAGAAAAACUUGUUUUAUUAGCGCAGUUAAGAAUUUUUAUGUUGACACAUAUCCAGAAAGAUAUACAAAACUUCUCUCACAACCUUAAAGUGGCUUCUGGCUUGUUUAAAAACAAGAGUGCAAUUAAAAAAUGUUUAAAAAAGUUUAAUACUAUUUUUAAUCAAUUAGAAGCCGGAUAUAAUUAUUCUCAAAAGGAAUUAGAUGACUUUUCAGAUAAAUAUAAGAAAGCAAUAGAAACUCUUACAGAACAAUCAUUGAUUUUUAAAGAGUUUAUAUCACAAAAAGGCGAAGAGCUAGGCCCAUAUGCGGGAAUAAAGAGUCUAAAAAAGUUGGAAUCUAUACUAAGAACAAUAAAGACGUCUAUAAAUUCUUGCUUAAACGCUAAUAGAUUAAAAAUGGAGAAAAAUACACCAAAAUACGUUAUAAACCAAGUAAGGAAGCAUUUACAAGAAACACAAAUUAUACGAAACGCUAGUAUAAAGGACUUGCUAUCUCAAGAAGUAGAAGAGAAUCCUAUAACAGAUUCAUCCUCAGAUAACACAAGUUCUUAAAUAAGUUUCUUAGAAAUUUAUAUAAGAAAAGAAAUACUAGAAUUGCCAACUACACCAUAAACAUUUAAUUGUUAAUAAUUACAGGAAUAUCCUAUAAUUUUACAAU